CGGAGGUGAAGAUGGUGCUCAUCAAGGAAUACCGUGUUGUCUUGCCAUGCACCGUUGAAGAGUACCAAGUGGGGCAGCUGUACUCUGUGGCAGAAGCCAGUAAGAAAGAGACGGGUGGAGGAGAGGGCAUAGAAAUAUUGAAGAAUGAACCAUAUGAGAAAGAUGGCGAGAAAGGGCAAUACACACACAAAAUCUACCAUCUAAAGAGUAAAGUACCAGGUUUUGUAAAGGUGAUUGCUCCAGAAGGCUCUCUGGUCUUCCAUGAAAAAGCCUGGAAUGCCUUCCCUUACUGCAGAACAAUUGUAACGAAUGAGUACAUGAAAGAUGAUUUCUUUAUCAAGAUUGAGACAUGGCACAAACCUGACCUCGGAACACUAGAGAAUGUUCAUAAACUGGACAGUUCUACAUGGAAGUCUGUGGAGGUCACACCCAUUGACAUUGCCGAUAGAGAACAAGUAGCCCCUGGUGACUACAAGGCUGAUGAGGAUCCAGCUAUUUUCAAGUCAAUCAAGACAGGCAGAGGACCACUGGGGCCAAAUUGGAAGAAGGAACUGGUUAAUAACCCUGACUGCCCACGAAUGUGUGCCUACAAGCUGGUGACUGUCAAGUUUAAAUGGUGGGGCCUACAGAACAGAGUAGAAGGCUUUAUUCACAAGCAAGAGAAGAGAAUCUUCACCAACUUCCACCGACAGCUCUUCUGCUGGAUUGAUAAGUGGGUGGAGCUCAACAUGGAUGACAUCAGAAGGAUGGAAGAGGAGACACAGAGAGAACUGGAGGAGCUUCGCAAACAAGGUCAAGUGCGAGGAACCAGCGCUGCUGAUGAAUGAGACCGACAUUCCCACCAUGACCACAGAGACGGUUGAGGAACGGCAAACCAGUCCUCAUCCAUAGCCACACUGACUUGUCUUUCUCUAAAUCAGGAGAGAGAACGGUCCAGGAAACUCAAUCAAUAGAACCAGUCCCAUUAGAUAUACUCGAUCAUGGACACUAUAUUAACCGUGUAACUGAUAUUUUAGAUUUAGAGAAAUCUUUUCCCAAGUGCCUUCAUCACAAAUGCUCAAGCACAGAAACCUAAACACAAUCAGGAUCAUUCUAUAAGCAGUUAAGAGUUUGUCUAUGAAAGAAAAACAACUCUCAGUGUUUGGCAGGCUGUCGUUUUGGCAGAUACUAAAGCUGAGGUUCUGAUUUUUUUAUUUCUAUUUUUCUUAUUCAUUCACUUGCUUAAUGGAAGCAGUUUUCCGGACAUUUCCCUCAGGGCCAAACCUGACAGUUAGCUUCCUCUGCUCUUGUCUUUUCCUGCAUUGGACUGUAUUAAGAGCUAAUAUUGAGAACAUGCAGUACCAGUCAUUUACCAACACACCUCACUCCAAAGAACACAAUUUUACACGCGUACAUAAGCACAUGGACACACAAACACUCCCAGGUGUGAAUUACUUUGUGGUGAUAAGUUUCUUAUUAGCCAUUUAUGGAUGGAUUUGCAUGGGUUGUUUUCAUUGCAUUUAAUAGCAUGCUUCUCAAGUACCUUUUGUAAAAGUGGUCCUUGUGGAAUAGUGCAGAUAUUUACCCAGUAUAAUAAAUAAAAUAGACCACCCAAAUAUGAAAAUAUGAUGUUGCAGAUAAUUUGCUCACCCUAAUGUUGUGCCAACCCUGUACUGUUUAUUCUUCUGUAAAGGAGAUCUUAUGCAGAAUGGUUGAGCCUCUGUUUUCCAUACAAGGAAAGUGAAUAGCGAUUUAUGAUGCCAAGCCCCAAAGUGGACAAAAAGUACCAUAAAUGUAGUCCAUAUGACUUGUGCGCUCUAUUCCAAAUCUUCUGAAGCCAUACAAUGGGUUGGUGUGAGUAACAGACCAAAAUUUUAGUUGUCAUUCACUGAUAAUCUGCCCUUCUACUGAAGCUUUCAAAUCUCAUUUGCGGCAACAUGGUCAUGUGACACAUGAAAACCAAUGGCAUUUGACGUCAGUGGUAUCAAACCUGGUGUGACGCAUCUAAAGGCGCAAUUUAUUAAUUGAACACAAUGAUUUGAGAUUCCAGAGCUACGGCGGUGGGGUAGAUUAUCAGUAAAUGGCGCUUUAAAUUUUGUCUCGUUUCCUCACACAAAGUUUACAAUAUUGGAUGACUUUGGAAGUCAUAUGGACUACUUUUAUGAUAUUUUCAUGUUUAUUUUUUGGAGCUUGUCAGUGUAAAUGAGCCACUUUCGCAAUAUGGAAAAGAACAGCUCACACUUUUUGUUUAAUAUUUCUUUUUGUGUCAGAAUAUUAUUAAUAACACAGGAUCAGAACAACAUGAGGGUGAGUAAAUGAUGACAAAGCUUUUCAUUUUUUGGGUGAACUAUUCUUUAAAAUACUUGUCUUUUUGAUUACCUUGUCAAUGUCCAAGGAACGACUUGAGUUCUUUCUUACCAAGGCACAGUUUAAGUUUACAAAAACAACCAGUUUUCUGAUGCUUUUACGUGCUGUAGUCCCUUAGAGUCAUGUUUUAAACUUUUUUGGAGAUAACACGCGCACGCGUGCGCGCACACACACAAAAUGGCUGGCAGAUAAACCCCCAAAAUAGAGGAUAGGGAAUAAAUAUAGUUUUGAGUUUCCCUGCGAUACAUUUACCCAAUCCAUACUAAAAUUAACAAUGGUUUUACAACUGUAACCGUAGUUGGUAUUUGUACUAAAACCAUAGUAAUCACCACAAUCACAAUCAUAAUUUACCAUGGUUUUACUCACACUAUACUUGAACAAAACCAUAACGACAGUGGCGGAUUUAGGUAUGGGCAACAUGGGCAGCCACCUGGGGGGGUACUGAAGGGGGGGUUCGCGCCAUACAAGCUAGAACCACCACUGCAUAACAAAACAUGUAAACCAAAACUAUGCUAAUAGAAAUCAUAAUUCUGAAAGAAAAAAAAAUCAUAAAAAAACUGUUUACAUGCUUACUACAGUUUUACUAUAGUAACACAAUUUCGUUGUAUUAAUUUGUGGUACAAGUAUGGUUUUUAAAACCAUGGUUUCCACCACCACCUCCAAAAAACAAAAAAAAAAAAAACAAAAAAAAAAACAUAACCUUAAAAUAAACCAUGGUUUCACUAUAGUAAACUUGCAGUAACUUUUUUUUUUUCUUUUUUUUUUUUUUUGUAGUAAGAACAAUGAUUUUUAAACCAUAAAAAUCAUGAUGUUACUAGAGUAAAACUAAUGUGUUUUUUUUUUGUUUUUGUUUUUUUGUUAUAAUCAUAGUUUUUGUUAUCCAGUAUUAAUAAAUUUUUACCACAAAUACCAUGAUUACAGUAGUAAAACCAUGGUCAGUGGUAUAAUUACUGUAAUUUUACUACAGAUACUAUAGUUCAACCAUGGUUACUGUAGUGAAACAUGGUUAAUUUUCGUAAUGGAUGAUUAAAGCUAUAGUGAGGUGAUGCAAACCACUGCAUGCAAAACUGUUACCAAAAGUUAACAAAUACCCAAUGUUAUGCUUAUCGCGGUACUGUUGCUUAAAAGUUAUUAACCUCUGAACAGGUUCCUACACACUUGUACUGACUUGCCCUGUCUUUUUUUUUUUUUCUCCUAGCUUAAGAUAUUGCCUGUGUCUGCUCUACUGUCUGUCCAUUCUUACCAUUUACCUCACUGUCUGACAACUGUGUUGCCUUAAUGCAGUUAACAGACAAGUCAGUAACUCAUUAAAAAUGCUGCCAAUCCUCAAAGUAAUUUUUUCCCUGAUCUGUUGUAAGGUAAUGCUGCUAAAAAGAAGGAAAUUGGUUGCAUUUUAUAUAAAAUUUUGAAAUGUGUAGCAUCAAUGUCAGUUGCUGACAUGUCUUCUCAAGCAAUCUUUUUUAGAUAACAUGGUAGCAAUAAUGACUUCAGAGAAAGUUUGAAUCCUCCAAAUGAAACUGCCUUCUACAGAGUUGAACAUGAUCAAUCUCUGUGUUUUCUGUAUUUGCAAACUUGUUACAUUCUUUAUACAUUUUGUUUUCAACGUAUAGUUCAAUGUUAAAAAUGGCAUCUGAUUUAUUAAUGUUAUUUGAUAUGUGAUUCUGUUUAACUCUGCAAACACUUGCUAUUAAAUUUACUGCUUAGAUAAUAAUUUCUGUGCUUUUCAUAUGUUUUACAUUCCUAUUUUCGAGAGAACAAAGCAGUAAAUUGUUACUCACAAGCAAUUUUGAUGGUAUCAUACAGUACUGAAUUUACUGGCCUUAUCAAGAAUUAAUGGCAAGCUAUGUACUGGGACUGGUUUAUAGAAGAUAUCAAAUUUAAUCAAAAGUCUGAGAUAAUUUCGGAAAUCAACUGUUAAAUUUUAAUAGGUAUAAAAGUGUUUUUAAAUGUACUUCUGUAUCUGAAUUAAAGCUGUGGUUGUGAAUGUUCUGCACGUGUGUGUGUGUGUGUGUGUGUGAUAAAUAUGUGCAAAUAUAAAGGUCUGAUUAAAUUUCA